AUGGUGAAUUCCUCAUUUGACAGAAGAUCAUCAUUAGCUCCACGUAAAAGUAUAGUCUUAGAUACAACAUCUCCAGAAAAACAGCAACAAAUUUAUUACGUCUACCAAGAUCAAAAAUAUAUCUAUAAUAUUAGUAAAGAUACACAAGAUAAUAACCAAAAUCAUCCAGCUGCUGAACAAUAUUUCAAUAGUCUUAAUUAUAAAAAUGUUAAGGAUAAAGCUCAAGCGAAAAGGAUACAGAUGGAAGAGAUCGAUGACGAAACAUUAAUCUUGAAACGUGCUCUACUAAUUAAACAACAUGCGGCCAUAUUAAAACGUAAUACCAACAAACGUCGGACUCAAGAAUGGCUCAAAGAGGAAGAAAAUCAUGAAACGAAGUUUAUUACAUCGAAUAAGGUUCAACAUGUACCUAGUGGCCAUCGUAAUGGAGUUUAUCAAUCUAUUCCUAGCUUAAAACAGCCAGAAUGGCCAGGCGAAAGUUCAUUAGAGGUCUUAUGGAAUAGAAGUUCCCGUCAAUUAAGCAAUUCAUUAAAUCGUCGUUCUAAAAGUGGCACCCGAACUCGCCCAUCAUUAGCACCGGAGUUUCAACGAUCCAGACACGAUAGUUAUCCGCUAUUACCAUCGACUACUACGUUAACUAAUCAAUUUUCCUUACCCAAUCUUCAAAAUCCCUACUGGCAAUUAGGAAGCCCAAGUAAAGUACGUCACUUUUGCGGUACAAAUCUAUCAUUUCCGGCAUCUCGUAUAUCAGUGCUACUAGAUGCGUUAAUUUGGAUAGACUUAAACGUGCAAAUAACCGUAACAUUAGGCUAUAUUUUAGAGAGGUACAUUAUAGAUUUAGAAAGUUUAUGCUCUAAUAGCUUAUUUAUCAACUCUGCUAUUAUUAAUUGCAACAAUGGCGAUUAA